GUCGCGAGGCGAGGGAACGUUCUCUACUCGGAGAGAGAAUGAUGUCGCGAUGAUAAGCGGCGGGGUAGUCGCCUCGGGCAAGUUCUUUCCGAUUCAUCUCGGAUUCGAGAAGCUCGCGGCUUUGAGCGUCCUUGUCAACGUCCGGACACGGAGGUGAGGACAAGUCCUGUUAACGGCCGAGCAAGCGGUCUUCGUCUCGACGAUGCUGAGGUUCGUCGGGCACUCGGUUGCGGGAAUCGCGGGAUCGGAACGCCGGUGUCGCGGCGCCCGCUGAAAUCACGCUCGGAUCUUCUUUCAAUGGGGACUAUGGGGAGCCGCGUGUCAUGAGACGCUGAAGAAAUCCGCUUGUUUCACACGCGCGUUACGUUACUGACGACGUCGGUUAAUAACGAGACAUCGUCGCGCGAGGAGGGAAACGAGAAACGAAAGGGGAGAUUCUCCCGACGAAAGCCCGCUCUCGAAAGCGAAAUUACGGACGAAUGCGGAUGCGGGGCGAACCAUCGUCGCUCGUCACCCACCCGCGAUUAUUAGAUUAUUACGAUCGCAAUUAUUCCAACAAUGAUUUUCAGUAAAGUGCGCGUCUUCUCGAUCCAAGAGACAUUGUACGUGUAUACCUUCGAUCUUCGAGUGGGAAUCGAUUUUGAUACCCCAAGAAUACCACGACGAUGAAAAUAAUUCGCGAGUGUCGUUUCUCGUUGUUUUAAAUUAAAUUUUGCGUUACUUUGGAAUGUUGAAGAUGCCGAGGAAUCGUGCGCACGUGUGCCACGGGGCGCACCAAGUUGAAGUAAAUUUCGCGAUAUGGAUUACGAAGUCAUGCGGAUAAUUCAUAUCUUCUGUCACGGUAAUCGAUACGAUACCGUCAAUCGAUAUCGAUAUCGCCGAUUUAAUUGACGAUGCACGCGCAACACGAGCAACGACGCGAAAUCGCCGUCGAUUGCUGCUAUCAGCAAUGGUCAGCGCAUCAUUAUCAUCAUCACCAUCACCAUCAUCAUCAACAGCAGCAGCAGCAGCAGCAGCAACAUCAUCAUCAGCAACAUCAGCAACACCAGCACCAGCAUUUGCCCGUUGUACCGUCGCCGAUGCAACAAAUGGAAGCUUGUUUGCAAAGCGCCGGAAGAGUAAAGAGAUCUCGCAGUCCCAAUCAUCCGAUAAAGGCCGUUUUACCGAUUCACUCGACGACGUCGAAUUCGGCGAAUCCGAUAUCCCCCAGCUCUGCCACGGUGGAAUCGCGCAACGACAGCAACAACAACAAUAGUCAUCACGAUGACCAUCAUCCGAGCGAGAACGGCGGCCGCGGCGGGUCCUCCGGUGAGGACGCGAGCGUGGGCGCGGACGCGAAACGGCCGCUCCAUCCGGCGCUGCUCGGCGCCGGCGUCGCUCUGGAGGCGAAGCCGCUCUGGGAGGAGUUUCAUCAGCUGGGCACCGAGAUGAUCGUUACGAAAGCCGGACGACGAAUGUUUCCCACGUUUCAGUGUCGACUGUUCGGCUUGGACCCGAACACGGAGUAUCUGAUGGUGAUGGAUUUCAUUCCGUGCGAUGACAAGAGGUAUCGAUACGCUUUCCACAGCAGUGCCUGGGUCGUGGCGGGUCGCGCCGAUCCCGUCUCACCCCCUAGGAUCCACGUGCAUCCUGACAGUCCUGCGAGUGGUGCUCAUUGGAUGAAGCAGCCAAUUUCCUUCGACAAGUUGAAAUUGACCAACAAUCAGCUUGACGACAACGGACACAUUAUUCUCAACUCGAUGCACCGUUAUCAGCCGCGCUGCCACGUGGUGGUCGCUCCCUCGCCGCCGGGCUCGGCGCCGGAUCCCCGCACGGAGAACUUUAAGACGUUUUCCUUCCCGGAGACCAGGUUCACCGCGGUGACCGCGUACCAGAACCAUCGGAUAACGCAGCUGAAGAUCGCCAGUAACCCGUUCGCCAAGGGCUUCCGGGAUUGCGAGUCGGACGAGUGCGACAGCGUGGUGGCCGUCGGCGGGAUCCCGCCGAAUCCCGCCAAGAGACCGGCCACGGGGCCCACGGGCCCCACGGGAACCGCGAGUGUUACGAGUGCCGCGAGUUCCGUUCUCCCGACCGGUUACAACGCGAUGUCGGCGGCGAUGCAGAUUCCAGGUGUACCCGCUACAUCUCAGGAGCACCAUCAGUUUUACGGUGCAACAGGCCCAGCAGGUAGCCAUUGGACGCAUUACCCGAGCCAUCAUGGCCAGUCAUCGGCGCACGUCAAUUCGGUCCACUAUGCGACGCACCCGCAACAUCCGCAUUCGAGCGCGUCUCUCUAUGGACCGCGAUAGUCUGCGUUACACGUGUUAUCUGCGUUCGUCUUUCAUCUAUCGCAAAACGAAAUAUCGAGAUGGAGAUGGAAAGAAUGAAACGUUCACACAUCUCGAUGCUUUUCAAACGACGGACCGCGAAAUUUUGUCGUCGUGCGUGUGUGAUCUCUUAUCGACUACAUUUUUAUUCCGGUCGAUAAGAUCUCGAAAGAGAGGAAUGGAGUUUCGACGUAUUUUUAUAUCAAUCUUUACAUCACGUUAUGCCUCACGUCUUACGCGAAAGAUGAGAAUGUAUCCGCAUCAUUUAUUUUCCGAUCAAAAAGAUCAGUUUGCCUAAAACUAUUUCAAUUGAAAAAUUAAAAUUUUUACGCGCAUAUCUAUAGUUUCUAUAUUGUUAGGUGUAUUUUUAUGUGUAAUGACGGUUUUCGAUAUAAGCUUAUUCAACUGACAAAAUGAGAGUUAGGUGUAGUAACUGAUAAAUCAUUAGACGUAUAUAGUCUCGUUACUGUACCAAAGAUUGUGCCAAUAUCUGACUUAAUGAAUCCUUGCCCAAGUUGAGUGCAAUGAAACAGUUCUCUAUUGCUCGUGACUCACAUAUUUUAUUAUAUUAUACAUACAUAUAUGGUGAUAUUAAGUAAUAAUAAGAAAGUAAUAAUUAGCUGCUGGCGAUAAGCGCAUACCAUUGGUGAUACUGACAUACUUUUACAAAAUGCUGACGUACCGUAUAUCCGCAGUACUAAAAUUAUAACAACAAAGACAACUACGAAACGUAUAUUAUAAUCGACAACGCAUAACUUUUAUUCGCGAGCCAACUUUAAUAUAUAGUUUCUACGUAAUAAAUUUUUGCGAGCGUUUGAAUUAUUGUAAUUUGCGCGUAAGAAACGAAUCGACCGAUCGAUGUUACUGGCAAAGUUGCGGAAGAUCGUGGGGGGAAGUAAGAAGAGAGAGUAAGUGCCUUUUGUAGGAGCAAAGUGCGUCUAUUUAUACUGGGUGUCUCAAAUGCCGAACGAGCCUAAAACGUUCUCGACCAGCCAAGACGGGAAAGUAAACGCGCCGUGACACUUGGUGAGAGUAACGUGGUUACUAAGUGCCUUAAUAAAUUAUGCCACCCGCGGCCCGCGGGUAUCGUACCAUUGUGCCUUCAACUUUUUAAGAGUUCUCGUCAUCGUUGAGCGUACGAUAGCCCUGGAGGGGCGUUUUAUGACCAAACGAGGAAUAAACGGUCGAAUAACGCAAAA